AUGUUGAAACAGACCUCUCGAAGAUGGUACUCCACAGGAGGCGACAAUUCCAUGUUCUUGUCGGAUCUUCUCACGAGAAUUGACAAGAUCACGGCAAACACGAAGAAAAUAGUGGAACCUCGUAAAGAUGCUAAUAAAAUGCAGUCCAAGUCAAAUCGGUUGAACAAGACCGGCGAUAAACAGAAAAAUACCGGCUCUAAUAUGAAACCCAAGGGCCAAAAGGCUGCUUCGGGUGCUCAGGGGGCUCCACAAUCGGUAGUGAGGCGGCAAAAGGUGCAAGUUGCCGACCAUCCUAUGGCAUACCAGGCAUUCAAUGCUCUUAAAGAAUCGGGCCCAAAACAUUCUGGACCACGUCAGAAUCGUAGUUCUGCCCCUCGUGGCACAUCCCAGCAUAACUCUCGCUCGCCACGUACGUCUCGUACUUCUGGCAGUGAAAACUCGGGCCAACGUCGACCACAGAGAGGAACGUCAAGACAGCGUUCGCCAGUGGUAGCUAAGCCUUUGAAGUCCAAGACUGUCAGCAGUGGUCCAUUGGUUCCUCAGUUGUCUGGGGAGACAUUUUUGUAUGGAAAAGUGACUUCUGUAUCAGCAAACUUAAGCUCUCGAGUCGCAGCUGUCACCAAGGAAGCACUCAUCAAGUCGCAAUAUCCAUAUAAAUUGCCCAAGUCUAUUAUUCAAAAUUUGGACGAUGCUCCCAAAAACAAGUACUUGGCUCAGGCAAACUACAACACCGACGUUGAUGCAGAAAAAUUGGCUACAAGAAUCAACGAGGUUGUUCGCGGCCAAGUUACGGAGUUGAACGGGUCUCUGGAUCAUCUCAAAUCACCCGAAGAGAUCAGAAUGGCUGAGUUUGCAAAGGCACAAUUAAUGAAGAACGGAGACUUGGAUCUUCCAUCAAAGACAUUGAUUUACAAUAUUGCCAGUGGCUUACAAUCUCCCAAGUCCUUGAUGGAGGGAAAGCAUUGGGUCAAGUAA